GUGAUCGCGCACGACUGUCAACUCUCACAUGAUCACUUACACACAUGUACAGCGUGCACACUCACGCACACACACAAACAAACACAAACGCGCGCACACACAUACACACGGCGUGCGUCAUGCGUCCUGAGAGUAACUCCGUACCUCGGCUGGAGCGCGUCAAGACGCACACGAUGAGCUCCAUCGGCGGCAGCGGCUGAGGGCUGAUAGCCCGUCUCCCUGCUCACCUGGCCCGGCUGCAUGCCCUCCCCGCACCGCCCCGGGAAAGUUGCACUCCAACUAUGGAUUACCUCACUGCCAAAGGCAACCACAGCAACGCCACCAGGGGCUACCCUCCAUCGGUGGAGGUGGUCGCGGACUGGCUCGGAUCUGACAACGGCACCGGUUCUGCAGGUUCCCUCCCCUACGUGGAGCUGGGCUACCAGGUUGUCACAUCCCUGCUCUUGGGGGCCCUCAUCCUGUGCUCCAUAUUUGGCAACGCGUGCGUGGUGGCUGCCAUCGCCCUGGAGAGGUCCCUCCAGAAUGUGGCCAACUACCUGAUCGGAUCCCUGGCCGUGACGGACCUCAUGGUGUCGGUGCUGGUGCUGCCCAUGGCGGCUCUGUACCAGGUUUUGAACAAGUGGACUCUCGGCCAGGGGAUCUGCGACUUGUUUAUCUCUCUGGACGUGUUGUGCUGCACGUCCUCCAUCCUGCACCUGUGUGCCAUCGCUUUGGACCGCUACUGGGCCAUCACGGACCCCAUAGACUAUGUCAACAAGCGCACCCCGAGGAGAGCCGCGCUCCUCAUUAGCGUCACCUGGCUGGUGGGCUUCUCCAUCUCCAUCCCGCCCAUGUUGGGAUGGAGAAGCGCCGAGGACCGAGCCGACCCAUACGCCUGCAUCAUCAGCCAGGAUCCGGGCUACACCAUCUACUCCACCUUUGGGGCGUUCUACAUCCCCCUCAUCCUCAUGCUGGUCCUCUACGGGCGGAUCUUCAAGGCGGCUCGCUUCCGGAUUCGAAAGACAGUGAAGAAAGAGAAAGUAAAAGCUGACAGGUGCUUGACUUUGUCCCCGGCGGUGCUCCACAAAAAGAGCAACGGAGAGGCCGGGGGGAGGCCGUGGGUCAACGGCGCCGUGCAGUUCGGCGACGAGGGCGAGUCCCUGGAGGUGAUGGAGGUGAGCAGCUCAAAGAGCCACCUGGCCCUGCCCAACACCCCGCAGUCGUCCUCGCACGAAAACCUCAACGAGAAGAACUGUGGCGCCAAGAGGAAGCUGGCCCUGGCCCGGGAGCGAAAGACGGUGAAGACGCUGGGCAUCAUCAUGGGCACCUUCAUCUUCUGCUGGCUGCCCUUCUUCAUCGUGGCCCUGGUGCUGCCUUUCUGCGCCGAGAGCUGUUACAUGCCCGAGUGGCUGGGCGCCGUCAUCAACUGGCUGGGCUACUCCAACUCCCUGCUCAACCCCAUCAUCUACGCCUACUUCAACAAGGACUUCCAAAAUGCUUUCAAGAAGAUCCUCAAGUGCAAAUUCCACAGGCCGUGAACGUGACAUUACACAGCCACAACAUUAGGUACACCUGCAACAUUUAGCGAGAUCCAAAUCGAGAGUUGCAUUAUCAACAAACAUUGUAAUGAGUUUGUGAUGAGUUUAACCUGAAGUGAAAAAUAUGAUUAUCAUCAUGCUUGCUGUGCAUCGCGUCACAUUGUGCGUAUUGACGAGGUAAAAUGUUUUUGUAGCGCAGCUCCCCCUACAGGUGUGAAGUUGAACUUGCAGCACAAAGGGGCUCCCAUUUGAUUGACAGGUGUAUUCAUUUCACAAUUUAAAUGUUUUUUUUUAUGUUUAAAAGUCAAGAAAAGCAAAGUAGCUUUACUUUGGACCAUAUAUUUUCCAUUUAAUAUUAUUUAUGUUUAUAUACAAUACUUGCCAGUCGUAUUUUUUACUGUAUUAUUUGUAUAAUUAUCUACAUAGUUAUAUUAUUUAAAGCAAUAUUAAAUAAACAAAAGCAUAAUGUAUAUUAUAGAGGUGCAUGGGUAAAAAAUGAAAUGUACCAACAAAAAAUGUUUAUGUAAAAAAACCCAAUAAUACAUAUUUUUCUGUAUUUAAUAAGAUCAAUAUUUUAUAUGUUUUUUUUAAUUAAAAUGUUCUGAUACAUCCCUGGAUCUCAUUAGUGUGCAGGUGUGCCUAAUAAAGUGUCCACUGAGCUUUCAUAGUGAGUCACAUUUUGCAGUUCCUAAAAGGACAAGAGGACACGUUAACUGACUGUAUGGAGAGCAAAAUAAUGCACAGACUUGAAUUCAGGCUCAGUCUAUGUGCUGUGUGUCUAUGAGGCCUCUGGUGCCGCUAACAAAAACGUACCAGCUCAUCGUUUAUCCAGUGUCGUGCCCACUGUGUUUGUUGCCUGUGUGCAACAGCAGUCAGCGUUGUGUGCUUAAUCCAUACAUUUUUUUUGUCAUGAGACACAUGAAGGUGUGUGUGUGUGUGUGUGUGUGUGGCGGGUGGUAACAUC